CUCGGCGAUCCCAGCGACUUCGCCAGCGGUUCGCUGAUCUUCGAGCGAUGGCGUGCGGCUUUGCAGAGGCGCCUUCGAGCAAUGCAGGAGAAGAAUGCUGGGAAGUACGGGGCGCCGGGCAGCCACGCGCAGUUGCAUUACCAGGCACCGGGACACGAGGAUGUCUUGGAUGCAGUCAAGGACCUCGUCGAUACAGGGACAGCGCAAACAGGCUUCGAAAUCUUGAACCGCGUGGACGUCGCGCCGGCGCUGAUGAUUAUGGACCUCGACCAAGAG